AUGACUAAAAUCACGCUGUCUAUAUUAAUUGCAUUUGCUUAUGGAGUGACUCAAUCAUUAGCUGCUACAUCACCUUCGAUUCAGCUUCAGAUUGGCAGUAGUCCAAGUGGAUGUGCUGAUAUUGCUGCAUGCAAUUAUGGUUGCGCUAGAUUUUCUUCGGACAGCGUAAAGCAUGCUUUGACUCCCAUUUGCACAUCGGACGAAAUGUCUGACGACUAUCCUCAACAUAUCACAAUUAGAGGAUCCACAGUCACGCCGUACAUUGUCGACGAAGAUACAUCCGAUGAAUACGUUUGUAAGAAAACUUCAGGCAAAGGUCGCAACUAUGUCUGUACUCUGGAUACGGCUGAUACAUCCUCCAGCUCUAAACCCUCCAAAGGUAGUCCAAAUUCAAGUGCUAGCUCCAGUGCUAUUGCAAGUAAAAGUUCAAGUGCAACUGAAAUGUCUAGUUCUGGGUCUCCUAUCGUUUUCAGAGAUGUCAAAGGUGUUGGUAAGGCAGUUCAGUGUAGUUUUUUCCCUCUUAUUGCUGGAAAAGGUACCAGAAAAGGUAAUGUCAAUGAUUGCUGUUUGAGCAGUAUUGACUGUAGCGGAUUAUGUUUCCAUGGUGCAUGUGCUGAUGUAUCGGUCCUUGAGGGUUCCUUAUCUUCUCCUUCUUCUCCUUCUUCUCCCUCUUCACCCUCAUCUCCUUCUGCAGCUUCCGGCUCUUCUCCACCCAAGUCAAGCCCUAUUCAAGCUGCGGCGCAGAGUAACUGUGCAUAUAAUCCUACCAUCUUUAGACAACAUCAAGGUCAAGGAAACUUGGACGAUUGCUGCUGGACUAACGAUGAUUGUCACGGAGCUUGUAUUGAAGGCGCAUGUAAUAGCGAAAAUAACGUACCAGUACCGGUUUGUAGUGGAAAUGCACAUAAAGGAAAAGGACUCGGACAAGGAAGAAAAGGAGCUUGUUGUAUUUCUCAAGCCGAUUGUCAAGAAAAUUGUAUCUAUAAUACAUGCACUGCUCCAUUAAAUUAUUAA